AUGAUUGUUGUAUCGGAGAUUGGUGACAAGACCUUUCUCAUUGCUGCCAUCAUGGCUAUGAAACACCCUCGUCUCCUCGUCUUCUCAGCCGCUCUUUCAGCUCUCGCUAUCAUGACAGUCCUCUCUGCAGCCUUUGGCCACGCAGUUCCAAACCUCAUUCCAAGGACAUAUACCAAUUAUCUGGCUGCAUUGCUCUUCUUCUGUUUUGGUAUCCGCAUGUUCUAUGAUGGAUACCACAUGACCGAAGAAGAUGCUAAGCAUGAGCUCGAGGAAGUUACGCAGGAACUGCAGGAUAAGGAGGAUCUCGAGUUGUUGCAACGUGCAGAGGCUGGAUCGGCCAAUGCAGAUGGGAAUGCUCAGGACAAUGACGUUGCACCGCCCAAAACUCGCUCCAGGAAACAAGAAUCAUCUGGCUUGAUCAAUUUGUUCCAGCUCUUGUUCUCACCUGUCUUUGUCCAAACUUUUGUCAUGACAUUCUUGGCAGAGUGGGGUGAUAGAUCCCAAAUCGCUACCAUUGCUUUAGCUGCUGCACAUAACAUGACCUGGGUCUCUAUUGGUGCCGUAUUUGGCCAUUCACUCUGCACAGGGGUCGCCGUCAUUGGAGGAAGGAUGCUGGCAUCUCGGAUCUCCGUCCGGACUGUGACCUUGGCCGGAGCUGUCGUAUUUGAACUCUUUGCUAUUGUUUCGCUCUAUGAAGCAUAUUACGAUGUAUAA